AUUUCCUUCGAGAAUUUAAAAAGCAAUAUACGUUGCGGCGCCCGAGGAUAUUUGAAUUAUUAUAGGGCAGUAAGGAAAAUCGAAAAUCGACCGUUACAUGACCGUGUUUGAAAUUCUCCAGGCAGAAGAGAACAGCUAUACCAAGUAACAAUCCACCCACACACACACUCUCUCUCCCCAUCUCUCGCUCACGCUCCUCUGGCGGUGUACGCACGCAGAUAAAUAAAUCCAUGGCAGACGCCACAUCCACCAAUAGCUGCAUCGUGAUGGAGGCCAGCGGCGCGGCUCACCCGCUUCACCAAAUCGCAGAAAGUCCGACGCACAAGCUUCUUCUGAAGCAAUGGCUGAAAGAGGAAGAGCUAAUCCUGGGCAGAAUAGCUCUGAAGGAGACCCAAAUCGACGCCGUCCGCAAAGAGAUCACCCAUCUCUACUCCCUCUUCUUCCUCUUCCACUCCACGGCCCUCCUCCUCCUCUUCAACCUCAACAUCAAUGCUUCUUUUCCUGAUUAUUCUGAUCAAAAUCAUCGUCAUCAUGAUCUAUGUAGCAGAUCUUGGAUCCCCUCCCUCUGCUCUCUCCUCUUCUCCCUGGGCUUCAUCUGGGCCGUCCGAUACAAGACCGACGUCGAAUCUCAUCUCGAGAAGCUGCUGCAGAGGGAGAAAGACGACGGCCAGCUGUUGGCGAAGUGCGUGGAGGAGUUGAAGAAAAAGGGGGUGGAGUUCGAUCUGCUUAAGGAGGUGGAUGCGCUUCGCCGGGCCAAGAGUUUGCGCGUCGACGGGAGAGCCGCCGCCGUCCGGAAAUGGUCAGCCAGGGACUUUGUUACUUCGUUCUUCUUCGCCGUCUCUUGCCUGUUUAUGGUUCUCACCAGGGUUAUAUUGUGCAACUAACCAACAAAACCGAAUGGCAUGAAUGCAAUUAUUUUGCAGAAUGCUCUGUUCUGCUUAAUUUUUUGUAAUUUUUGUGGAACCCAAAUCGAUGCAUAUAAACAGUCAAAUGACUAUUUAUGAUC